AGAAGAAGAAGAAGAGGAAGAGGAGGAGGACCGGACAUAUUUGGAUUACGUCACACGGAGAGCUCAUGAUGGCGGUUGAUUUGACUUCUCGUUUCAGAAGGUUGAACAGCCAAACGAGAAGUUUUCGUGAAAAUAUACAACAUGGUUUCUCGGGGCCUUUCGGUGCCACUCAGCUGUGGCAAAACAUUAUCCAGGCACUGCAAACCCAGGUGGAGGUGCGCCGCUGUAGAAGGCAUCUACAAGUUCAUGUUGAAUGUUUCACAGGCUCAGACGCUGUCGAUGCUGUCCUCAGUUAUUUGAUGCAGAAUGUUGUUUUUUGCUCAAGUGAAGUGUCUCGCCUCAAAGCUGCUCGACUCUGUCAGGCUUUGAUGGAGGCCAAAGUGUUCGAACCAGUGGGAACAAAGCUUUUUCGUAGAGAGAAGGAAAUAACCUUUGAGGACAGCAGCUGCAGCCUGUAUCGUUUCCUGGUACUGCCUAAUUCUAGCAUGAAUGAUUACAGUGACACAGAAAACAAGCUACCAGAAGAACGGGUUAUGAAGCGGAAGCAAAGUUCAAGGAGGCUGAAUGAACUGCGCACAAUCUCUAAUCCCCUGGCUGUCGGACCAUCAGAGAGGAGGGUCGAGAGGCUGCUGAGGACCAUAAACCUGCGACCAACCUUUUCUCCAGCUUUAAACACAACCCGCACUACUUCUGCGUUUCUGUCCAAAGCUGUGGUGGAGGGAGUUUGGAAGCAGCAGACGCUGCUGCAGCUGCUGCAGAUAGUAGAGUUGCCCAUGCUGGACGGCAUCCUGACCUCUCCUGCCAGGGUUCAGCUGCAGGCCUGCAGAACUCCUCUGGCCACCCAGGACCUGGUUAUCUCUAACAUGUGCCUGGACAGAGAGCUGCCCGACACCCUUAAUCUUCCCAAGUUGGACGGGUGGCUGUCAGCAGCGGCAGACUGCUUGGCUCUCUUUCCCGAUCAGCUGAUAGUGUUCGCAGGGGAACAGCUCAGCCAACAAAGUGGCAACACCGUUUCAGAAGAUGAACAGGCAGAGCGGCUUGAAAGCCAGAAGAGACUGCUCUUUGACACCAUCGCCAAGUACUACAGUGGACAGGACAAAGCUCCGCUUCUCUCAGGACGCUACCUGGACAUACAUGCUGCAAUUCUGAAUUUGCUGGGUGAAGGGAAGUUGCAGGAUGCCAUCAAAGCAUCUCAGUUGUGUUUUCGACUGCUGGAGACGAGCGCCAGAGAUGAAAUCCGGAAAUUAUUGGCCUUUAUGUCCACAGCGGCACACCCAGAUGCUUGCCGUCUUCAGAAACAGAUGGAUAACAGGGCCUUGGUGUGCCGCUCUUUUCAAAGAGCAAUUGUCCAGAAUCAUGAACUGAAUCGAUGCCAAAGCGAAACCCUGGUGAUGUUUCUCGUGGACAAUUGCAGUGAGCUCACCAAGACUCCUACGUCUCUUAUUGAAGCUGUGAGGAGAACCCUGAGGACUAUGCAGCAGGGGAAAGACCCUGACUCAAUUGCCACGUUCACCUUCUGCCAGCAGGUGACGCCACAGGAGUACGAGGAUCAGCGAGAGGCUACCACCCUGGAGAGCCUCAAACAGCUUCUUCAGCAUAUUUCCUCGAGCAAAACCAUACCUGCCAAGGAGAGGAGGAGGCUGCUCAAAGAGUUUGAAAAACAUCACCCCGUGGUCUUCCUCCAGCAUUUAUCCAGCACCUUCUGAAACGCACAACCUUUGUUGUGGUGCAAGCGCUUUCACUGAAUAAUAAUUGAAAGCACAUCAUGGGUGCAGAUAGUCCAACAAUGAAUACAAAUAGUGCUACUGCAGCAUGGCUUUAGCCUCCCUUCAUUCUUUUAAUUCACAAGAGGCCUACAAAAAAUGGGGUUUUAUUGUCCCCACAUCCCAGUCGUGUAGCACUGGAUGCAGCAUCUUAUCUCUCAUUUUGAGAUACAAGUCCAAACCAUAAGCUUUAUUACAGCUGCGAUUGGUUUUGCACUAGUUCUUUAUAAAUAAUGACACCUCAGCUCAUCUAUAAUACCAGGUGCUUAAACGUGGGUAGUCCGUGAGCAGCUGUUGGUAGCGGUUGACAUUUUGUGUUGAGCGAGGACACAUUUUUGAAUUGUACAUUAAUGAUUUAAUGUUGUAAAGAUGAAUAAUGUGUAUAGAGGGCAGAGGGCCCUAGCAGUACUGUAGAGUGCAGUAUAUGCAGAGUAACUGGAUUAAUGAAAAAGAUGACUUGAGUUUUAUCAGACCACAUGUUAGCCGGCUGUUUUCAGGCUCCAGCUGGUGAAUAGUUUGUGUACUAAUUGAUUGGACUUCUUGGUCCUGGUGUGGAUACUGUAUUUGGAUAAACUAUUGGAAAAGCCUUGGAAGUGUGGUUUGCUGAAGUAAUGAUGUGCACUUUGAUCAGGCAUAAAUAAUUCUUCCAGCCUGCUGUAGUGUGGCUACGGGGAAAUACUGGUGAACGCCACACUGAUGUAGCGGAAUAAGGUUGAACACUAACUUGUUUUUGCUGGAGAUGAAGACGGAUCUUUCUGUGAAUAAUGUACCAGUACUACUCAUUUUCAAGGGUUUUAAGCAUACUUUUAGUUCCAGGCUUUUGAUCAAACACCUUUUUUUAAUUGUAACAUUUUAGAAUUUUACUUGAACGAUUGACAAUAACCCUUUUUACGGAAGAUGUGUAAUAAAUAAUGACUUAAUAUUAUGUUGGACUACUAAUUUAAUCUUUGGUUAAGCAUGAUACCUCAGUCGCAUUCUUUUAAUUUAUGAAGCCAUGGUCAUGCAAAUCUUCUCAGCAUCUUUUGUUCUUUACAUACACUGAAAUCAUUUUAGAUUGCACUUUGUGAUGCUGAAACAUGCUUUAUUUUCUGUCUAAUAAAAGUUUAAUUUGUCU